UUGCAACUAAAAGCCACUGCUCCCUAAUCAUGGUAGCGCGAACUUCAAAUUCCGUUGUUGUGGUUUUCUUAUUCCUAGUCAGAGACUCAGAUUUCAUGGGUGCAACGUGUCCAACUUCGUCAUUCCCUGGCGCUGAGCUGUCACUAGCGUAGAUGGCCAAAUAUAAACAUCAGCUACGGUGCUACGGUACACUCACACUCAUACCUCGUCCUGAUCGAGAGUCUUGACCAUGGACAUAAUCUCCAAGUUCACAGAAACUGGCGUUGCGGCUAUCAACUUGAGAACUCUUGCGGCGUUCGUGCCUAUUCUAGAUGAAAGAAAGGCAGAGAUAGAAAAGAUUGAACGCAAGACUUUUGUAUACGACGACAAGCGCAGCACCAGAAAUGAGCUUGAUGUCUAUUACCCGCUAAACUCGACUCUCACAAAAGAUGGGAAGACCCCAAUCCUAUUUUUCGUCUAUGGCGGUGGAUACAACUCUGGAUCAAAAGAAUUUCCUGAACCAUUUUCUAUGGGAUACCGCGCGCUUGGAUCUUUCUUUGCACAACACGGUUUCAUCACCAUCAUCCCGGACUACAGACUUGUUCCGGAGGUCAAGUUCCCGGCUUCAUCCGAGGACAUUCGUGACGCGGUCAAUUGGAUUUUCACCAACGUCGACGCAAUUAGCGUGCCCUCGAUACCCGCGCCCGAUGUAGAUGCUAUAUUUAUCAUGGGCCACUCAGCUGGUGACGUGCACACGAAAGUGUUGAGUCUUUACCCGCCUGUGUCGAGUACCGUACAGCCUCGGUUCAAAGGCGUUAUCUGGUCUGGUGGCAGUUGGUACUUCGUUGAUGAGACGAAAAGAUUUAGGAUGGAAGUCCCCGCACAACAAUACAUUGGUUCUCAGGAGAAACAGAGGGAGAGGGAGCCAAUGGCUCUUUGGAAGGCUCUAUCCGAUGAACAGAUCAAGGACCACCCUGAUAUUCUCCUUGUCAGGGCAGAGCGAGAGCCUGACUGGCUGUUGCUAUCGUGGGAGGAGAUAUUGCCAGAUAUCGAGAAGCGGCUUGGAGAGGCGCCCCAGAUGAUCAUUGGCAAAGGCCACAAUCACAUCAGCCCUAACUGGGCUUUAUGUUCCGGUCAAGGGGAAGAAUGGGGAGAAGAAGUUGUGAAAUGGAUGAAAGCUAGAAUUAACUAGCCUCUACCUCCAAUUCUCGCUGGAGUCCUGAGCGAUAGAAGAGAAGGGAAGUUUUGAAGAUUCCUGCGCCAAACUUGUAAUCGUAAAACGACGAUUGUUGAACAGUUCGUCUUUUCCCUAGAUCCUAGGUUAGUUGUGAAGUCUUAUAUAUGUUGCAGCGUCGCUGUAUUGUCUCGCAGAAUAUUAUCCUUACCUUCGAUGUACUUAUAGGAAGUCAAUUUCACGUGACUGGCACGACGCGUCAAUCUUUACCAGCUUUGGCAUUCUGCGUUCACCAC